AUGGCGCAACUCAACUCCAUCUCCAUUGGCCUCCAGCGCGAAUCACACCAGCAGCCAACGGCAUCCUCCUCCUCAUCCCAACAACAACAGCAACAGCAGCAGGAAGAGGAAACAAUAAACUCCAACAGUGCCUUCUUUGGAGGUGCGGGAAGUAAUAACGAAACGACACCGCGGGAAACGCCGAUGGGUGCUGUAGUACGGCACGGCUCGAGAUUUGAAACCUCCUGCACACCACUCUCACAUCAACAGAUGCAGGGUCAGGAAGAAGAGAAUGAUGAGGAACGAGAGAGAACAGAUAGUGUGGAUUUGGGAUCUACUACUACAAGUGGGGUUUAUGCUGGUAGAAGUCAAACAGGGCAGGGAAGUGCACUUAUUGAAUUACAACGCCGACGAUCGUCAUGUAUGAGUAUUGGAAUGAUGGAUGAUCAGAAUGUAGAUAUCAGCAGAGGCAAGAAUGAUGUAAACACCAAUACUAUUGCGAAUAAUAAUACUAAUAAUAAUAAUACUAAUAAUAAUAAUACUAAUAAUAAUAAUACUAAUAAUAAUAAUACUAAUAAUACCAACACGGUAGUAACAGGGAGGAAAAACUCUCAGAAUCAAGUGCAGUAUGUUAAUAAAAACAGUGAUACACCGCAACGUGAUAGACUCACACAUCGCCACAGUGUGGAAAUUACAUUUGGGAAUCGUACAAAUUCACCACUGGAUCGAACCUUAUCACCCGUAUCUUGGAGGCAUAAUCCUUAUACACUAACCCCAACAUCACCCACAACAGACUCUGUGAAUGCCGGUAAUCGACAGAGUCCUUGUAUUACCGCACACAACUCACUCGCGAGUAACAGUUUAACCGUAGCCAUUAAAACAAACCCCGCCGUACGAAAUUCCCCCACCGCUUUACGAGUCACAUCAAAUGCGGCAGCGAGUUGUAUGGGUAGUGGAUUUGGAGCUUCUUCACAUGAUUACGCACGUGCGUUUAUGAGCACAGAUGCCGUGGCCCAUGGAGUUGGCGGCGAUGAAGAAGAUGAGUUCUGCCGUCCACCAUCCUCUACACUUUCCAUGUAUGAGGGAGUCUCAUUGGAGUCGCAGGGACACAUGCAAUCACAUCUACAAUCGCAGUCUGCGUGGCCAACACGUAAUCGUGCGAACAGUGCCUUCUGUGCGACGCAGCGUGGUCGUUUCUCACCAUCCCUCAGUGCUUGUGCGGCUGCGAGUUUGUGUACAUCGCCGUCUUGUGAGGCGCGGCAGCGGAGUUUCUCGCUGCAUUCUACGCGGUCAUCUCCAAUGAUGCGGCCGGGUUUUGCAGAACCGGCGGGUCCGUUGUUUACACCGUCUACGAGUCAUUGGGGUUCACUACAAUCACCCGCAACGGCAUUCUUGGAUGAGGGUGGUAGUACUAUGAACACUCAUAAUAAUAAUAACAAUAACAAUAAUCAACCUCAGCAUCAUUCUGUGAACAGUGGUAUUUAUCGGCGGUGUAGUACAGGGAGUUUAUCGUCGCCCUCAUGUUUUGUGCAUAAUAUUGUUCCCACGUUUAUUUCUCCUCUGCCCGCUGCCACUGGUAGUACUCCGGCUGGUAUGCCUACUGUUAGUAAUACUAGUGGUGCUGGUAUGUUUGAUAAUAACACUAACAGCAACAGGAACAGUACGAGUUGUCCACAUUCAUCUCCCCAACACGCUGAAAUGCACAGCAACAGUCCUGUCUCUCUUAAAUCGUGGAGUACAACACAGACAUCUAGUCAAACCCCGUUUCGUAGAGGUGAUGCACAUAAUGACACUUAUGAUAGAGAACAUGAUGGGGAAAUGCACGUGGAUGAUGAGGAAAACGAUAUUGAACCAUAUAAUGCCACACUUCGGCCUAAUGAUGUAAGUGGUGCAUUUCAAGAGGGACAGUUGGAUGCGUUGAGUGCGAAAUUAAAGCGCGAACACUCACAGGGGAAUAACAGUGCAGCGAAGAUGCAUUGUACAAUGAAAGUUAAUAAUGAUAUGAGGACAGGACCACUCACCGUAUUGCAUCCAUUACCACGACCACCAUCACGACGAUCAUCAUCCUUAUCAUCAUCAUCUUCACCACAACGCCAACGGGAACAAGGACAACAAGAACAAGAAGAACGAGGGAACGAAAGAGAGGGAGUGGGAAAAGAGAAGAAAGAACAGCAUACAUCUGAGGAAAUGGGAAUGAAAGAGGAACAACAACAACAACAACAAGCACAACAACAGCAACAGCAACAAGAAGAACAAGCUGUCAUGGUUCCUGUUAUUAGUGCUAUCAAAUUGGAAGAAAUGAUGUUUAAAAAUCCCAAAGAGGAGGUGAUGUGCCCUGAAGGUUUUCACUUUUCUGUUUAUGAUGCCGAUAUUCGAGAACAUUACAUGAUUGAAAGUUCAAACAUUGUAGCAACGCGUGGGGCUGUUCGUUACGUGGCAUUCCAAGAACAAUAUACCACCCACUCACGAUUCCGAUUUCAAUUAUGUAAACGAUAUAUAAAUGGCCGUUGUACACAAAAGAUGGAUUGUCAAUAUAUUCAUUCUCAUCAUAUUCCAUCCUGCACAUUGGUACAUGUGAAUGAAAAUGUAAUCAGCAGUGCCGCCAUUGGAGGACGUGAGUUCUCUGCUGAAGUCCUUCGCGGUGGAAAGAACACACACGGCUAUGCCACUUUACCGCCGGGUGUUAUUUUACAUGUAUACCCACCCAAUCAGGAAAAGAGUGUUCCGCAACUUAUUCCAUCUGAAAUGAUUCUUCAAACGGUUGGGGCUUCAAAUGUACACAGUUUACUCAUCCAUUUUGCAACGAAGAGUACGAAUGAUGAUAAUGGAGUCAGCAGUAAUAAUAAUAAUAAUAAUAAUAAUAAUGAUAAUAAUAGAGAAGGUGAUACUACUACCACUACUACUGCAGAUACCCCUAACGCACCCACGAAUGAUACGAUGAAUACAGGUGGUAUUAGAGCCCGUCAUUGUGCUCACUUUCAAUUUAAUAAAAUGUGUAAUCUCGGCUCAUCCUGUCACUUUAUUCACUCACUGGUGCCGUAUGUACAAGGACUGACCUGUCUUCCUCAAGAUACAACAACCACUACAACAACAGCAGCAGCAUUCACCACAGCGAUGAUAACACCACAUCCGGGAUUACCGCCCAAUGCGGCAUCUCAUCAUGGACUUUACCCCGCAGCCGGCGGCGGCAUCCCAUCAUACCCAGUGGAAGUACUGCACCCACACCCACAGCCACAACAAACUCCACAAGCAGUGCCAACAAACACCACAACACCAACAACAACGGCGGUAACGAAUCCAAUUGCAUAUCAUACAAAUGUGCAUAUGGCACAAAUUCCAGUUUACAUGCAACCUUCUAUGCAUCCACAAUGGAAUGCAUACAAUUAUGGGGGGAAUUAUCCACCGGCGGAGUAUGCCGUCUCUACAGGUCCCGCUCUCAACUGCUUAUCUCAACAGCAUGAAACUUUAACGGUGAUGCCACCGCAUGGACAAUAUUUUGCACAACAAUAUUAG